AUGGCCAAUAGUAGAACGGAGCAACAACAGGUCGACGAUGUCCAGGUAUCCGAAACAAUCAAUUCCGCUUUGGAUCAACUUCAUUUGGACGAUUUGUCCGACCAAACUCAAGCUAACGUAGCUAGAAAUUCCACUUCUGGUGCUGCUAAUGCGUUUCCACAUCCACCACCGCCUUUAAUGGGUAUGGGGUUCAUGCAUUAUCCUCACAUGAUGCAUAUGUCGCAUUCCCCAGGGUUUUUCCAAGCACCUGGUUCUUCCGACCCAUUCCAUACUGGCCCACCAGCAGAAUUGACAUCUUCAGUAGAUUCUGAGAACACGAUUUUUGCUGCUCAUGGCCAGCCACCUGCAAACUCCACAACAGCCGGAGCGGCUGCUGGUGGCUCCAACCCUGGUGACCCGCGCAGUAAUGUUCUUGAUAUGGGGUUUUCCAGUGGCAUAGAUCCCUUUUGGUCAUCUGCUAAACAGGAUUUUGGGCCUGAAUACCCAUUGAUACCUGGAAAACUUGCUGACGCUCCCAACGCAGCCAGAAGGCAAACGUUUCCGGCUCUUUCCGGAAACGACUUGCUGAGCGAUGACGCUACCGCCAUAAGAACUCAAAGCAUAUCUUUGGAAAAACCAGAAGCAGAUUUACAAAACUCCAGGAAGCACACGGGAAGUACAGAACCUGACCUGCCGAAAUCAGACGUUAUUUCCUCUGCUCCUUACUCUGCUGCAGCGUAUCCUUAUGGUGGCCCUCUUGUUCAGCCAAGUCCAGUGAUUUCGGGCCACACUCCUCCAGGCAGCAGUUCAGCUUAUGGAGGACCCUCGCCUUUUCAUGCGUAUGGAUUCUCUUCGCCUUUCCAAUCCUUCUCGCCUAUCCCUGGUACUCCUUUGAGCGAACACUCUGCCAAUAUGUCUUCUCAAAUCUCUGGAGACCAAAACAAAGAUGCUGGUUUUCCUGAGAACAAUGCUCCCUCCAGAGGAACCCCGUCGCACCCAAUGCCCCCAUGGAUGUACGGAAAUCACCAUGCUUUUGGUCCAAUGGUUCCAAUUCAUCAUCAAAUGAUGGGACCUCCUGGAAAUACCAACGGCAACCAUAUGCAUCCUUCUCAUUCCCAUGGAGGUCGUCAUGCUAUGCAUUCUCGUCGUCACAAGGGAAGUCACAAUUCGAAACCCUACCAUCGUAGAGGCGAAGAUCCAGCAAAAUACGCAAAUGCGAAAUUGGAGAACUUUAUUGGCAACAUUCUCUCUCUUUGCAAGGAUCAGCAUGGGUGUAGAUUUCUGCAAAAGCAGUUAGACAUUGAGGGACCUGAAGCUGCAAACAUAAUUUACGAAGAGACGAAAGACCAUGUGGUGGAACUGAUGACUGAUUCCUUUGGAAACUAUCUUAUUCAAAAGUUACUAGAAAGAAUGAGCAGUGAGCAAAGAUUAGAGCUGGUAAAGUCAUCUGCCAACAAUUUUGUUUACAUCGCACUAGACCCUCACGGCACAAGGGCUUUACAAAAACUUGUGGAGUGUAUCUCAACUGAGGAAGAAGCGCACCUGGUAGUCGAUUCACUGCAUGAUUCAGUGGUGGAAUUGAGCAGAGAUCUUAACGGUAACCAUGUUGUACAAAAGUGCCUACAGAAGUUGAAGCCAUCAGAUUCGCAGUUCAUUUUCGAUGCAGCAACUGAGGCCUGUGUCAAAAUCGCCACGCAUAGGCACGGGUGCUGUGUUCUUCAGCGCUGUUUAGACCACGGAAGUCGUAAACAGUUUGAUCAGCUCUGCGAGCGGAUCAUUGAACAUGUCGAUGAACUUACGACUGACCCUUUUGGUAAUUACGUGGUCCAGUAUAUUUUCACUAAGCAGUCAGAACGCUCAGAGUCCAAGUACACCACACAAAUAAUGUCCUUGAUAAGACUUAGAGUGAUUGAGUUAUCGUUGCACAAAUUUGGCUCGAAUGUUAUCGAGAAAGCCCUACGCACCCCCGUGGCUUCUGAAAUUGUGAUCGAUCAGUUGCUCUCCCAUGGCGCUGACGCCAAAAUUGAACAGCUGUUACACGACGGGUACGGUAACUAUGUCUUGCAAACUGCGUUGGAUACUGCUCGUGAGAACGAUAAAGAUCUGUACUACAGGUUAAGCGAAACUUUAAAACCGCAUUUAGUAGGGGCAAUAAGAAGUACCCCUCACGGAAGGCGGAUAAUGGGGAUUUUGGAAACAGAAGGAGCUUAG